GAGGAAGCAUGUCUGCGCUGCCUUUGACGUCUCUCUGAUUGUUGUUGCACUCUUUCACACUCGCUCUUUUCACUUCACUUUCUGUCUCUCUCUCGCUAAUUAUCCCGGUUUUUCCAUUCUUUUUUCAACAUGCGUUCCUCUUUCAUUGCCACGUUAUUCGUGGGCGCAUUAGCAUCGCCUGCACUCAAUCGAGCCGAGCAAAAAGUCCUAGGGGAACAACAACAGCAGCCAUCAUUCUGCAACGAAGCAAAAGCGCUCAUAGCCCAAGACUCCCAAGCCGCCACAGCCUAUUGCUCCGCCUACCUCUCCCUCCCCGUAAUCACCGUCCAAAAAACCAUUUCGCGCGUCACAAAAACGUUUACGAAAAUUACAUCUACCAAAACAUAUCUCGACUACCCCGUGACAACCAAAGUCGCAAAAACUAUCACCCACUCGAGCACCGUCUUUGGACGCGCUACUACGACAAUUACUACCACUACUUCGACAGAAACUUAUACAAACCCUCUCUCGACCUGUCCCAUUGCGCGCCAAAACGACUGUUCUUCAAAACUCAACAACAACAACAACAACAAAAACUCCCUCCGUUCCUCCCGACCAGCUUGUCUAUCGAAAUACAUCUCCCCACCUCAAAUCUCCCAAGCUUGCUCAUGUCUCUCUCUUUCCCUCUCCUCGACAACUACAACUUUCCAUCAACAUCCCACGGGCCAUCCCACGGGCCAAGGAGAAACGGCAGUUCUACUACCUUUACCCACACAAACAAUCACUCUCCUCACAGCAGCCAAAAUCACUCGAACUCUAACUCGAACUCUUACAACGGGGACUGUGACUCUGACUCCUACUCAUGACGGAUUUUCUUCUUCUACAAAAACGAUGUAUGCGGCUGCGACGGAAACGCUGAUUUUGGAUGGCCCGUUUAGACUUGCCAGUGGGAAGGAUUAUGAUUUUCUUUCUUCUUCUUCUUCUUCUUCUUCUUCGAGAAAGGGAAACGGGGUGGAAUGGGUCCAUGUCAACAGUACAGCGAUGAGAGAAAGUCGAAGCAAAAACGAUGGGAAAGCGAUGUGGAGAGCAGACGAUGAGGAGGAAUGUCUUUCGACAACAACACCACCAACAUGGUUUGCACUCAACGGCCAAACCCUCGUAACGCAAAAUUUCGGCAACGAGAAUCAAUUUCCACGAUAUGAAUUAAUUGGAAAUGUAAAAAUCGUUCCGGGCGAAGGGGUUGCUGGGGUGUAUUUUUCUUUGCCUGACUCUUCCUCUUCCUCUUCUCGUUCGAACCAUGACGACGACAAGGAGAAGAAUGGAGAAUUUGGUGUGGAGGGUGUGGAGGGGAAAAGAGUUCCGUUGAGUUGUAGUUUUGGAAGAAAAAAGGGCUGGAAUCAUUCUCAUGAGGAAGAGGAGGAGGAGGCGGAAAUAAAUUUGCACGAGGCGUGUCCGUUGACGUGUAGAUAUGUUGGGGGUGCGGGGAGUAGGAAUUCGAAGAGGGAGGGUGGACAGUGGUUUGUGGGGUAUGGAGGAGGUGAUGGGAAGGACGGGGAAGAGGAAGAAGAAUAUGAGAGUUUUACCAUGUAUGCUUAUCGAUAUGGUGGAUUGGGGAGCUGA